ACAUAAAAUAAAGAAACUUGGACCAAAGAGGGUUCAUGAAAAUACCAAGAAGAUUCAAGGCUGAGACUGGCAAAGACAUUCCAUUUAGUAAGCGAGGAUGAGGACCCAAAACCAACCUUGCUUUUCUUGCUAGACCAUACAAAAAAGUCCAACCGAGGCCGUCCUACUCCUACCUUCUUAAACAAACAUAAAAAUUUCCCAUGUCCCAUUGAAAUCUUCACAAGUACCUCUCUUUUUAGGAAUUCAAUCCACCGCUGCCUAUUCUUCAUCACUUUCCACAAAAUUUACACAUUUAUUCCUUCCUUCAACACGUUUUACACUGAUUUGCUUACCUCAACAACUUUUCAAGUCCUUUUCCGGUGAUGGGUCUUUCUGGAAUUGUCUAAACUCAAUGGAUAAUUAAGUCAGAUUCUUCUUGUUUUUCCAGCAAAUUUGAAGGGUCAUAGUAAGUAACCAAUGGAUAAUACUCCAGCAGAGAAGGUCUAUGUCGCUGUUGGAAAUGAUCUACAAGAUGGAUUCAAGACCUUAGAGUGGACGCUUAGAAAAUGGAGUUCUCAUCCAAUCUCCAUCGUUAUUCUCCAUGUUACUAACAACAUUUCCAAGGAAUAUGUUUACACCCCAUUUGGCAAGCUUCCUGCUAGUGCUGUAAGUGAAGAAAAACUGGAAGUUUUAAAGAAGUUUGAGCAGAAAAAGAUUGACAAGUUUCUUUCCCAGUACAUAGCUUUCUGUGGCAAGGUAAAGGCUGAGAUAUUGAAAGUCAAGAAAAAUGAUGAACCUAUUCAAAAACUCAUUCUUGAUUUGAUUUCUGAACUCGAAAUAACCAAAUUAGUCAUGGGGUUUACAUUCAUGAAGUCCUCAUCCUGGAAAUCAAAGAGCACGAUUAGUGGGUCAUUCUACGUUUUUCAAAACAAGCCUGAUUUUUGCGAGUUUUACAUAAUCUGUGGAGGAAAGCAAGUGUUCCUCAAAGGACAAAAUGAUGAAGGAAUCAUGGAAGAUGAUCAGGGAGUUGUGGUAGGAAAAGUGAAAGACAAAACUUCUAUCAAAGAUUGGAUAGAAAAGAUUUUCACUGAUCCUUCAGGUCAUUCGUCAAAAAAGAAUUCUCGUUUCUCACCCACUUCCUCAAUGGAUUUGGACACACGCAAUUCACAAAAUCAGUGGGAAACCCAUGUCGGAGAAAUUGAAAAUUAUUUCCAGCUUUUGGUGUCUUCAGAUUUGGAUGAAGAUAAUAAUCAUGAUCUAGACAACAAUAGUCCAACGGAGUCAGAUAUGCCGGAAUACACUGAUUCUAAUCUGAGUCUCGCAGAAAAAAUUGAAUCUCUAAGAAGAAAAAUUAGUGAAGCUCAGCAAACAGUCCAAAUGAAGAGAGAAGAAGCUAAGGAAAACGUUGAAAGGCAUUCAAAAGCUCAAUGGAUCCUUUCUUUAUGCAGUCAGCGGACUGAAGAACUUGAAGGUUGGAUAAAGGAAGAAGUUAAAAUGCGAAUGGAGAUGGAGAAGGAAUUAGAGGCCGAAAAAGAACACAUGAGUGAAGUAGUAAACGACAUUGAAGAAAGCAAGAGUAGGCUAGGUUCACUUGUAGAACUCCAAAACGAGCUCUCUAACAAGCUCCAAAUUUCCACAUUGGCAAAAACUCAUGCCGAGGCUCAGCUAGAAAAGGCGGUAAGGACAAGGGGCGAGAUGGUUAGGGACAUCGAGGAAUUGAGGAGACAGAGAGAUGUGCUUAACAGGAGGAUUGAGUUUUGCAGAGAAAAAGAUGCAAUUAGCAUGGUUGCAAAAGUGAACGAAUUGAGUUGUGGUUAUAGGGAGUACACAAUUGAAGAGAUCAGAUUAGCCACUCGUGAGUUUUCAGAGAGUUUGAGAUUGAAAUCUGGAGGAGAUUGGAGCGGUGUGUAUAAAGGGCGCAUGAAACAUGGCACAGUUGCAAUCAAAACACUCAACUCAUCAACUGAACUAUCAGACGAAGCUUUCCAUGCUAAGGUGAAUCUGCUUGGCCAUAUUCGACACCCAAAUUUGGUAGCCAUGGUUGGUUUUUGUUUGGAGCUAAAAUGCAUGGUGUUUGAAUACAUGCACAAUGGUAGCCUACGAGACAUGUUAUUUUCCUCCCAUGGAAGUAGCUUUAGGACAAGAAGUCGGGCCCUUCGAUGGCAUGACCGGGUCCGUGUUGCGGUCCAAGUUUGCUUGGGCUUGGUCUUCCUUCACUUGAUUCAGCCCAGGCCAAUGGUUCAUGGCCACCUUUCAACAUCCAGUAUCCUCCUUGAUCGAAAUCAUGUUGCAAAGAUCAGUGGUUAUGAGUUCUCACAAGAAGACCGUGAUGAAUAUGCAUCCGAUGUGGGAUUGGACAUUCGGGCUUUUGGGGUUGUAAUGUGUGAGCUACUGACUGGGAAAAAUUGGGCUGGGCUUGUUAAGGAGGCAAUGACAUUGGAUAAGGCAGCCCUGGUCCAGAAUGUGGACGAAACUGCUGGAGAUUGGCCUUUGGAUUUGGCAGAGGAAUUUGCGGGCUUAGCUUUGAGGUGUUUGUCCAUUGAUUGUGAGCCCAAUACUGAUUUGAACAUUUCUAGGGUAAUGGAAAAUCUCAAUAAAAUUAAGUAUAGGGCUGAUGCUCUAAUGGCAAGAGGUGGGCCUCAGGUAGUGAGUAAUGACGAUGAUACAGACGAUGUACCCAGAGUUUUCAUUUGCCCCAUAUUUCAGGAUAUAAUGAAGGACCCACAUGUGGCAGCUGAUGGAUUUUCAUAUGAGCUAGAAGCCAUAAGUGAAUGGCUAUCAACAGGGCAUGAUACUUCACCCAUGACAAACUUGCGCCUCAUUCACACCGACCUUACUCCUAAUCGCACCCUUCGUUCCCUCAUUCAGGAUUGGCAAAAUAAAACAUCAAGAAGAGGUUCAUCAAUACAAUGAUUUGUUUUGUAUUUAAUUUGUACAAACAAAGAGCAAAUUGAGCUUUGUUCAUUCUUUUCCACUUCUAAUUUGGUCAAUGACCUGAGGUUGUUCAAGAGAAAGAGUACGCGUGUUUAAGGCUUCAGUGUAAGUAAUUAACUUCUCAGAUACAAAGUGUUACUUUGAUUUACCAA